UGCAUCACAAACUUCGUGAGCUCAUGCAAGCCGGCCGAUUGAUCUUUAUCUGGCCUAUCGCAGGACCCAUAAUACACCCAGUAACACCCGUAGGGCGUGCGGACCAACCGACUCUCCCUCAACAUUCUAUUCUAUCCACCAUCACAUAUCCUCCUCCCUCCACAUCCCCUCUCCCCCACCAUCAUUCUUCUCGAAAUGUCCUCUGACAUCGUCGUCCUCGGAGCCGGAGUCACAGGCCUCACAACCGCCUUGAUCCUCGCUCGUCAAGGCCAUAAAAUCACCGUCGUCGCUAAACAUAUGCCGGGAGAUUACGAUAUCGAGUAUGCGAGUCCUUGGGCGGGGGCGAAUUAUUUGCCUGUGUCUGUCAAGGGAACGGAAUUUGCGAGGUAUGAGGAAAAUACUUGGCCUGAGUUGGAGAGAUUGGCGAGGCAUGUUCCGGAGGCGGGGAUACAUUUUCAAGAGACGUACGUCUACCGAAGAGCGAAAGAUGUUGGGACGCCGGUUGGGGAUUGGUUCAAAGAGCUGUUGAGGGAAGAUGCGUGGUUUAGUAAUGUUGUGCCUAAUUUCAGAGUUCUUCCUACAUCUGAUCUGCCAAAGGGCAUUGAGGGUGGGACGGCGUUCACAUCGGUGUGCAUUAACCCGGCCAUAUACUUACCUUGGCUGGUCUCGGAACUCCUCAAGCUUGGUGCUGUGAUGAAGCGUGGAAUUGCAGGCCACGUUGCGGAUGCAGCGAAACUUCAUCACACCGGGAAGACGGCUGAUGUUGUUGUGAAUGCCACAGGUCUGGGGUCUCUGACGCUCGAGGGUGUAGCAGACACGAAGAUGUAUCCCGCUCGAGGACAGAUUGUGCUAGUGCGGAACGAAGCCGGGGUGAUGGCGUCGACAUCCGGCACAGACGAUGGACCCGAUGAAGCAGUGUACAUCAUGCAACGAGCAGCAGGUGGCGGCACCAUCCUUGGAGGAUGUUUACAGAAGGGCAAUUGGGAAUCUCAGCCUGAUCCGAAUCUGGCUACUAGGAUUAUGAAGCGUGCUGUCGAAUUAUGUCCGCAGCUGGUGCCUGAAGGAGCAGGUAUUGAAGGCUUGAGUGUGAUUCGACACGGUGUUGGACUCAGACCGAUGCGAGACGGUGGUAUUAGAGUUGAGAAGGAGGCUAUUGCUGGAAGGGAUGGGAGGAAGGUGAACGUGGUGCACAAUUAUGGGCAUGCUGGCUAUGGGUACCAGACGAGUUGGGGUGUCUGCCAAGCGGCUGCUACGCUUGCGAAUGAGGCACUGCAGCAGAAGGCGAAGCUAUAGAUCGAGUGGAGAGAAUGUCGCCAAGAUUCUGCAUGUG